AUGAUCCACUUCUUUUUUUCUACUUUACUUUCUUUCCUUUUUCAUUUUUUUCCUGAAAACAUUCAAUCAUUAUCUUUCCUUCCAUUCCUUUCAUUUCCUUUCCUUUCCUUUCCUUUCCUUUCCUUCCUUUUCUUUUCUUUCCUUUCUUUUCUUUUCUUUCCUUCCUAUCCUUCCUUUUCUUUCUUUCUUUCUUUCUUUCUUUCUUUCUUUCUUUCUUUUCUUCCCUUUCCUUCCUUUCUUUCAUUUCUUCCUUUCCUUUCUUUUCUUUUCUUUCCUUCCUUUCCUUCCUUUUCUUUUUUCCUUCCCUUCUUUCCUUUCGUUUCCUUCCUCCCUUUCCUUUCCUUUCUUUCUUUCGUUUCCUUUCCUUCUCUUUUCUUCCCUUCUUUCCUUUCGCUUCCUUUCCUUCAUUUUCUUUUCUUUCCUUUCCUUCUCUUCCCUUCUUUCCUUUCCUUUCUUUUUUUUUUCUUUCCUUCCUAUCCUUCCUUUUCUUACUUUCUUUUUUUCCUUUCUUCCCGUUCCUUUCUUCCCUUUCCUUCUUUCCUUUCCUAUCCUUUCUUUCCUUCCUUUCCUUUUCUUCCUUUCCUUUAUUUUAUUUUCUUUCCUUCCUUUCCUUCCUUUUCUUCCUUUCCUUCCCUUCUUUCCUUUCCUUUCCUUUCCUUCCUCCCUUUCCUUUCUUUUCUUUCUUUCCUUUCCUUCAUUUUCUUUCUUUUCUUCCGUUUUUUCUUUUCGUUUCGUUUUCUUUCUUUCUUUCUUUCUUUCCUUUCCUUUCCUUUCCUUUCCUUCCUUUUUCUUCCCUUCUUUUCUUUCGCUUCCUUCCUUUCUUUUCCUUCCUUUUCUUUUCUUUCCUUUCCUUUCCUUCCCUUCCCUCCUUUCCUUUCUUUUCUUUUCUUUUCUUUUCUUUCUUUCCUAUCUUUCCUUUUCUUUCUUUCUUUCUUUCUUUCUUUCUUUCUUUCUUUCUUUCUUUCCUUUACUUUCUUCCUUCCUUUCUUUUCCUUUCUUUCCUUCCUUUUCUUUUCUUUCCUUCACUUCUUUCCUUUCUUUUCCUUCCUCUCUUUCUUUUCUUUUCUUUUCUUUCUUUCCUUACCUUCAUUUUCUUUCUUUUCUUCCUUUUUCCUUUUCGUUUCGUUUCGUUUCUUUCUUUCUUUCUUUCUUUCCUUUUUCUUCCCUUCUUUCCUUUCGUUUUCUUUUCUUCUCUUCCUUUCUUUUCUUUUCUCUCCUUUUUUCCUUUCGUUUCUUUCUUUGCUUUCUUUUCAUUUUUCUUUCCUUUUCUUUCUUUUCUUCCCUUCUUUUCUUUCGUUUGGUUUCGUUUCGUUUCCGCCCUUCUUUUUUUCCUUUCCUUUCCAUUUCUUUUCCUUUCUUUCCUUCCCUUCUUUUCUUUCUUUUCCUUCCUUCUGUUUCUUUUUUUCCUUCCCUUUCUUACCUUUACUUUCUUUCUUUUUUUUUCUUUCUUUCCGUGUUUUCUUUCAGCCCUUUUAUUUUCAUUUGUUUUCUUUUAUUUUCUUUCUUUCUUUCUUUCUUUCUUUCAGGAAUUUAUCUAUUUUCUUUCUUGCCUUUUCAAGCCUUUUUUCUUUCUUUCUUUCAUUUAUUGACAAUGUUUUGUUUUUCUCUGUUUCUACUUUUCUCUUUCCUUCUAUUUAUAGCGUUUUUUUUUUCCUUUUACUUCUUGUGGGGUCGUGUUGGUGA